AUGUUCUUAAUGGUGAUUUUCUUGUUCACCUUCCUUUCACAAAUCGAUUCUGCUUGUCUCCCAGACUUUGAAGCUAUUCCUGGUGAAAGUAAAUGUCUAUUUUCGAGUUAUGGAGAACAUUCUGGUCGACCAAAAGCUGCUUGUAGUUACAAAGGGACAAUCCCGGCUAAAAUCGAGAACGCUUUUGAGAACAGCUUUGUAUUUUCAAAGUUGACUGACCCAGAUUUUUCUGAAAACAUUGCAUACAUUGGAGUCGAAAAGCAAAAUGGUGUCUGGGUUUACAGCGAUGGAUCGGCGCUCACCUAUACAAAUUGGGCAAAUGGUGAACCAAAUUCAUUCGAAGAGUGCGCUAUAAUGGAUCGAUUGAGUGGAAAAUGGAAAGCAGAAAAUUGCGGUGGAGCUUAUCCUUUCUUCUGCACACAUGGAGAAAGUAAG